GUUGUUUUCUAAGCUGCCGGCUUCUUUUGUUGUAUACGAUUUGUUUUGGUUUUUGUGUGAUUCGUUUUUGCCAAGUGGUCCUGAUUGCUUUUGGCAAAAAUGAGUGCUUCAAAUGUGCUUCUACCACUCCUUGCCGCCCUGCUUCUCCUCGUAAUCUCCGUUCACGGAACCCUCUCCCCGGACAGUCAGAAAUCGAAGAGCAAACUAAAGGAAAGUUCACUGCGUGGCGGUCCCCAAGACAGCGAUGUUUUUGAUCUGGGAUUAGUAAGCCCCGAACCGUUGGCCAAGGAUAUCGUGACUAAUCAUCGUGGAUACUUCAAAGAGACAGGAUUGAGGCGCUUUAAUAGCACGACCCUAGGCUAUGUGACACCAUGGAACUCCCAUGGCUAUGAUGUAGCCAAGAUCUUCGCCAAGAAGUUUGAUAUCAUCUCACCGGUUUGGCUGCAGAUCGUAAAGCAGGGGGAUAGUUAUUCCGUGGCUGGAACCCAUGACAUCGAUGCAGGUUGGGUAACUGAUGUCCGAAGAAAGGGAAAACAGUCCCACAAUCAGAGAACAGUUAAAGUGUUUCCUCGAUUCAUAUUCGACCACUUCACCGACCGGGAUAUAAAGCUUUUGCUUAGCGACUCCCAGGAGAGGACAAAAGUCAACGAGGUUCUGAUUAAGUGCUGUAAGGAAAAUGGUUUUGACGGACUGGUUCUGGAGGUUUGGUCUCAGCUGGCUGGACGCAUAGAUGACAAAAUCCUAUACACUUUGGUUCUUCAAAUGGCCAAGGAACUCCAGAAACAGCAGUUACGCCUCAUUCUAGUUAUUCCUCCAUUCCGCAAGGAUACUGGAAACCUUUUUGGCGAAAAACACAUGGACAAGCUGUUCAAGCACAUAUUCGCCUUUUCACUUAUGACCUACGACUUCUCCAGCGUGCAGCGUCCUGGAGCAAAUGCACCUCUCUAUUUUGUGCGAAAAGCUGUGGAGACAAUCGCUCCAGCAGGAUGUACUGAUAUGGCAGUAAAGCGUUCUAAGAUUCUGUUGGGUCUUAAUAUGUAUGGCAAUGAUUACACUCCCGAUGGCGGUGGCCCCAUAACUUUCUCCCAGUACUUGGAUCUAGUGAAACAUGUGAAGAAACAUUUGACUUUCGAUGAGCGGGAUGUGGAAAAUUUCUUUGAGAUCAAAAACGAUGACGGUCGCCACAUUGUCUUCUAUCCCACUCUUUACUCUAUCAACGAGCGAAUAAAGCUGGCCCAGGAGUUGGGCACUGGUAUUUCGAUCUGGGAACUUGGGCAGGGCCUAAACUAUUUCUACGAUCUCUUUUAGAAAUCUCGUAACCAGCACAUACUCCAAAAUAAACUGUCCGCUAUAUUAGCUAAAAAGCUUCUUAACAAUUAAAAUUAGUAUUGAAAUUU